AUGGCGGCCACCCCUACCACUUUCUGCAGGUUCCAAGAGCCGACCGACUACACGGGUUAUGACCGCCACAAGCUCCCUUCCGAGCAGCCCCCGGCCAUAUCGCAGACUUUCAUAGAUGCCAUGAAGGUCCGGGAGGACGUCUUUGUGCGAGAGCAGGGGGUUUGUCUCGAGUAUGAGAUGGACGACGACGACCCACGCAGCUGCCAUUGGGUCACUUAUGCAAGCAAGGGGGCGACAAGGCAGAGCGAGACCGGCGGGGUAGACGCAGGCCAGAUCCAUGCAUCGCGGGGUGGUCAGCCCAGUGCAGAACCCACCGGCACGCUGAGGUGCGUCCCGUUCCCUCACCCGCCUCACCCGAGGCCGGGCGGCAGAUACCUGGACGGCAAGCUGGUGAACCAGGCCGAGCUGGCGCUGUCGUGGGGUAUCGUAACGCCGGGAGAGGGUGCAGGUCCUGCCGACCUGCAGGCACUGCGGUCGCUUUCGACCAGCGAGAGGAGGAGGAUCGCUGCAUAUCGGCCGGACAUGCCUGACCGGCCCACCAGUCUUCACGAUGGCCAGGAGCCUUACGUGAAGCUUGGAAGGUUGGCAGUCAUUCGCAAUGCCCGCGGGUUGUCCAUUGGCAGUCUGCUGGUUCAGCAAGCCUUGGAGUUUCUGAGGAAGCACCCGACCUAUUUUAACCCCACCAAAAACAUGUCUGCCACAGAAGCAGCGGCCUCAGCCGCAGCCGACCCUACGUCCUUGCUGAAGUGGAAUGGCCUCGUAUGUGUCCAUGCUCAAAAGCAGGUGGUCCCGUUCUGGGAAAGGUUUGGUUUCAAAAUCGACGAUGAGAUGGGGGAGUGGUGGGAAGAAGGCAUCCCUCACGUCGGGUCGUCCACCCAACCAUACCAACCCCUGAAGCUGGACAAGGUGCUGAAGAACAUGGAAGGAGGAAACAUGCCUCUUGAUGAUGAUAACACCACCACGCCCGUUGAAGAUGGCGCCGCUGCAGCUACCCUAACGUAA